AUGUCUGAAGCCAAAGGUUAUCUUAAGGCUGCAAAGCAAGCUCUAAAGGAUGAUAACCCAGAGUAUUGCAUACAAUUGGCUGAAGAUGCGUUGAAAAUAGAUCCGAAAAACUAUUUUGCCUUUGUCUUUAUAGGUAAAUCAAGUCAUUUAUUACAACAAAUAGAUCCUGCUAUCAAGGCAUACAAAAAAGCAAUUGAAGUUGAUCAUGAUAAUAUAACUGCCUGGAAAGGGUUGUUUUUGAUAGUGUCAAACCAUAAUGAUUACAAACAAUUUUUCGAGUUUGCUGGUGAUUAUGCAGAAUUGCUGGUUAGUUUACAGGAAGGUUUAUCUGAAUUCAUCAGAGAAAUAAGAAAAUACUUGAAGAAUAACUCAAGCGAUGAAGUUUAUGAAGAAUAUCUAAGGUCAUUGUUACCUGAAAAUAAGCUGGGCCAAGUUUGCUUAGGUAUCAUUGAAAAGCCUCAAAAAGUUAUUACAGAAUAUUUAGAUAUACAAUUGAAAAGGGAAAACUCUGAAGUGUCCAAAAAGACUACUCGUGAAAGACUCAAAUCUAAAAAUCAGCAACUCAUGGAUAAAAUCGCCUGGGAAUACUAUAAAGAUUCAGUCAUACCCCAUCUUUAUGAAGAAUUGAUCAAUACUUUAGAUGAUGACGAGAAAAGAAGAGAAACAGAAGAACAAUAUUUGAAAUAUAGAUAUAAAGUAUUAAAAGCAGCACCAUCAACUGCUAAGCCAGAUCUAUUUGCAUCCAUAAAGGAAAUGAUAGAGGGUAUGGUUCUUGUCAAACAUACAUCAUUUUUUGCUUGGUCAUUAUAUUUUGAUUGGAUUGAUUCAUCUGACUUGUCGACAAUUGAUGAAACCACACUAAAAAAUUUCUUGAAGUUAUUCAAAAGUGAACCAUUAGGACAAAUUAUCUAUGCUUAUGUCUUGUCAGAUCUGUCACCUUUCAAGAUUGAUAUUGAAGAAAAGAAGAAACCAUCCAAAUCAAAAGAACUAUCUCAAGAGGAACAACAAUUGGAACAGUUAGAAACAGAUGAAACAGAUUCAGCGUUGGCGCCAGAAGAACUUUUAGCACUAAUGGUUCAAGGCUUAGAAUCUUGUAAGACAAGUUUGCUCGCUUACCGUAUUGUGCUGUCAUAUCAAAUCCAUUUAAAACUCUUUGAAUCAGCGUUAGCUACAUGUCAAGCUGCUAUUCAGCUAUUAGUCACUUCUACAAGACACACUGGGUUUGAUUUCAAGAACUCUAAGGAAGAUCUAUUGGUGAAUUAUGGUGUUGUUUUGACAUACUAUGAAGCCCCAAAGAAUUUUAAAAGAGCUUUACAAAUUUUUGAUAAAAUUCUUGUUGAAUCACCUACAAAUGUUAAUGCAAGAGUUGGUAAAGGUCUGAUUUUAGUGGAGAGAGGUGAACUGCAAGAUGCAAGAACUUUGUUAGCUCAGGUUACAGAGGAGUUCCCAGAUAAUGAUGAAGCCAUUAUGGAGUUAUCAUGGUGUCAAGUCAAAUUAGGGGAAUAUCAAACAGGUAGAGAGGGUCUAUGUCAAGUUUUAUCGAAUUUGAAAGGUAAUACUCUUCACAUUCUAGAAUUGAAAGCUUCUGUUAAUUGGAAAAUUGCACAAAGUUAUUUACUGGAAGGUGGUAACGUUGAUAAAGCUUAUGAAUAUCUAGUUGAAUCAUUGAGAGCCUCAAAGAAUUUUGCUCCAUCAUAUACUUCAUUGGGUGAGAUCUAUUUAAACCAUUAUGAGGAUGAGAAAAGAUCAGCAAAGUGUUUUCUUAAAGCUUUUGAAAUUGAUUCAAAUGAAGUCACUGCAGCUUGGUACUUGGUUAAAGAUUUUACUGCCAAAACAGAUUGGCCACGAGCUGAGAUGUUUUGUAAACGUUUGAUCAUAUCUGAAAAUUCAAAACGUCGUUUAGGUAAUGAUAGUUGGCCUUAUAGAAUCUUGGGUUGUGCCUCUUUGGAAACUCAAGAUGAUGCUAAAGCUGUUGAAUGGUUUCAAACUGCAAUUCGGUUAAAUGCCAAUGAUACUGAAUCAUGGAUUGGGUUAGGUGAAGCUUACUAUGGUUGUGGUAGAUUGGAAGCUGCAGCUAAAGUUUUCAGAAGAGCUUUGGAAUCGGAACCUGAGCAUUGGGUUGCUCAAUAUCUUUUGGCUGUUGUGGAAACUCAUAUUAGUGAGUUUGACGUCGCUAUUGAGAUCUUUGGAAAGUUGUUAGGUGAAAGACCAAAUGAAGAAUGUGUUGUUGCUGGGUUAUAUGAUGCCUUGUAUCAAUAUGCUAAUGAAUGUGUCUCUCGUGGGUUCUUUGGGAAAGCUAUUGGCCUUGUUUUGAAAGCUGUUGAGUUAUUACCAAAAGGAAACAAACAAUCAUUAAAUUUUUGGAAAAUCACUGGUGAUUUGGUUCAUAUUUUCUUGAUUGUUCAAUCUAAAAUUGAUCAGUUCCCACACAAAGAAUUCCUAGAACUGUUUCAAUCUGUUGAUGUUGAUCUUGAUUCGUCAUUGAUUGACGAAUACAUUGAGGGUGAAAAAUUAGUGGAACUUGUUGCAUUAUUUUUGGUUUAUUGUAAUCAAGCUGCCCUAUCUUUGAACCCAUCUUCAAGACCAUUGCGCUCCUCAAGCUUUUAUAAUUUAGGUCUUUCCCAAUUAAUUGCAUAUUUGAAAACUAAGAAUACAGAGUUCAGAGAUUCAUCCAUUAUUUCAUUGAAAGAGUCUAUAAAAUUACAAUCAAAUUAUGCAGAACCAUGGAUUGCAUUAGGUGUUGCCUCUAUUAGUGUUAAUCCUCGUGUUGCACAACAUUGUUUCAUCAAAGGUAGUUCAAUAGAUCCAAAGAAUGUUGAAAUCUGGUCUGAUUUGGCAUUAUUAUACCUAAGAUAUGAUGACCCUGAACUUGCUGUUGAAUCUUAUAUGAGAGGACAGAGUCUUGCUCCAAGUGAACCAAUAUCAUGGUUAGGACAUGCGUUAGCUGCUCAAGCUCAGGGUGAUUUUGAACUUGCAUCCAACCUUUUCACACACGCUUUUAUUUUAUCAAAUGGUAGAUCACCAGUGGCACAAUUGCUAUAUGGUUUAAACAUUUGCUUGAAGAGAAUAGGUAAAGGUGACGAUGUUCAAGAUGUUGAAGCUGUUCAAGAAUUAUCUACUGCAUGUUAUGGUAUGUUACAAUAUUUGAAGCAUUACCCAUUGGACCCAUUCGGGCUAUCUGUCAGUUGUUUGAUUUUGGAAAAGUUGAAUGAUUAUGAAUUGGGGCAAGAAAUUUCAACUCAAUUGUUGAGUAUAUUAGAAAAGGCAUAUGAAGAAUCUGAAAGUGAUGAUGUACUACUGAAUUUUGCAAGAAUCAAAGCUCAAUCAGCAAGAUUUGAACUUGGUGUUCAGAAUUAUGAGGGCGCUAUUGAAUGUGCUCAAGAGUGUUUGGAAUUGACUGAAGAUGAGAAAACAGUUAUUUCUUCAAGAACAGUUUUAGGCUUGUCAUAUUUCUUUUUAGAUAAAUUUGAUGAAGCCUUGGAAGAGUUUAAACUAAUCUUGUCAUUAUCAAAUGAUGCAAAGAGACUAGUUGUUUUGAUUUCACAAGUUUUAUAUAUUUAUGAUACAGAAGAGACAAAACAAGCUGCAUUGGAUCAACUGUUCCAUAACAUUGAGACAGCAGGUACAUCGCUUUUAGUCACUCUAGUCAUUGGUGCUAUCUCUGUUGUUGAGAACUUGGAGGAUUACUUGGUGAUUAUCAAGAGUGAAUUGGAAGCAUUACCACUUUCUGAAUUGAUCAGUGAUAAAUUUAAAAACGUUCCAUACUUGGUUUCACAGGUUAAUAGAAGAUUGAAAAAAAAUGAACAGUUUACAUGGCAGAGAUCAGCUUAUUUUUUCCCAGAUGAUCUGAGAAUAUGGGAGAACUUGGAUAGAAACAUCUCUCUCAAGAUCGCUACCCAUGGUAAGGUCAAUGCUAAAGAUUUGAGUGACGCGUAUCUCAACACUGGAGAGCUUCGUGAUAUCCAAAGAAGUAUGUUUUUGUCUCCUUGGAACGUUGCCAGUGCCGAGGCUUUGAAAGGAUGUUUUUAA